CAUUUGCAUCCCAUCCCAUCCCAACCCCAACCUUGCUGCUGCCGGCCACCACCCCACCCCGCCGCACUCUGCUCACCCCUUCACCCACAUAUACACAUCCCCAGCUGAAAACUAGCUGCCUCACACUCUGCUACCGUCAACCAAAGCCAUGAGGGGUUUCCCGCUGGUCGUCAUGCUGCUCGCCGCCGGGGAGCUGCAUUGCGCAGCAACAGCGGCACCACCACCACCAGUAAAGGCAUCAGCACCACCACAGCACGCACCACCAUCGCCGCCGCGACGACACCGACCAUCACAUGGGCGAGCCCCGCCGGUUCCCCGGAAGCAGGACCCUCCAUCGUCGCCGCCACCGCCACCGCCUCCGCCUCCGUCGCCGCCGCCGCCACAGCAGGACCCUCCAUCACCGCCGCCACAGCAGAUCAUACCACCAAUACAGGUCGUGCCACCAAUUCAGGACCCCGAUGCGGCAGCACCCAUGCCACCAAGGGCUGGCAACCGCUCCACGGUGUGCACCACGCUCCUCGUGUUUGGGGACUCGACGGUGGACCCUGGCAACAACAACCGGCUGCGGACGACCGCCAAGGCCAACUUCCCGCCCUACGGCGUCAACUUCUACGGCCGCAGGCCGACUGGACGCUUCUCCAACGGCCGGCUGGCCACUGAUAUGCUGGCGGACAAGCUCGGUAUAAUGAGGACCAUCCCGGGCUUCCUUGACCCGACGCUCAAGCUGGGGCAGCUCAGGAAGGGGGUGAGCUUCGCGUCGGCGGGCUCUGGAUACGACGAUAUCACUGCCAACACAUUAAGCGCGUUGCCAUUCAGGAGACAACUGUGGCACUUCUGGCGUUACAAGCAACUGAUCCGAGCCCUGCUCGGACUGAGAAGAGCAGAGCGGAUUGUUAACAGGGCUACCUUCAUCAUAAGCGCUGGCACAAAUGACAUGCUCCUAAACUUCAUUGCGUCGAACCGAUCAGCUGGCCCCAUCGCCAUGCUGCGGUACGAGAACCACCUGAUAGCACGCCUCGGCAACUAUACCCAGGUGAUGAGGAUGCUUGGAGCGAGAAGGUUUGUGUUCGUCGGGCUACCCCCGAUCGGCUGUCUACCAAUCGCAAGAACAUUGCUCGGAAGGAAUCCAGAUGGAUGCGACAGCAACCUAAACCAGCUGGCGGCUUCCUUCAACUCGAGACUGGUUCAGCUGUCGAAUUUCGUCAACUACCAGCCCCGAAUGAAGAGCGCCUACAUAGAUACCUACACAAUCAUACAGGCGGCAACAGACAACCCUCAGAAUUACGGGCUGACGGAGGUGUCAAGAGGGUGCUGCGGGUCGGGGAUGAUCGAGGUUGGCCAGACAUGCAGAGGGCGAAGGACAUGCCCGGACCCAAGCAAGUACUUGUACUGGGAUGCUGUCCAUCCGACAGAGACAACAAACCAGCUUAUCACAAGCCUGAUGCUGGACUCCAUUGCCGGAAUCUACAGCUAGACUCUCAAAGCUCCAGAGCAAGGCCAUUUCUGUUCUCUUUCUUUCUUUUACACCGGUGUCAUGUGCUAUACUCAACUGUACUGCCAAUGCCAUGUGCCACUGCAGUUCAGUUGAGUUGUAAAACUAGAACGUGUUACUGUAACCUUUGCAACUGAAGAAAAAGACACAGAAUAACUACGGUGGAUCAGCAUGGGCAAA